AUGGUGGUCGAGGAGAUGCUCGCGUUCUGCGAAGGUCUGAGCAACCCAAAGCUGGGUGUUGGGGCCUAUCAUCGUAGCAGCUGCGAGGCUCAUGCUCAUGGCUCUCGCACGCAGAUCAAAGGUGGGGUCACGCACUACGGCGCAGCCCGCUCGGUCAACUACGACUCCUGCUACGGGCUUUACCCGGAAAGGGGCGAGGAGUACGCGGACGGGUCCAUCAAGAAUAUCCAUCUCGCGGGCCACAGCGACGGCCAAGAUCCACACCCAAGAAGACCUCGAGGCGCUGUGCAAGAACCCCAUCAAUACUUACGUGGAGAACAAUUGCGCCACGAUGCUCAGCACCACGCUAGUGAAUGA